AUGCACGCUUUCCACCUCCCCGCGGCCGGCAGCAUGACUCUUCUAGGAAACCUGCCCUCGCUGCAAAGACAGCAUUUGUUAUCCGAGUUCGCUGGCUUGAAGCAAACAUGUCCUGAGGGCGUCUUGGUCACCCUGGCACCGGGGGAUCCGACGCUCUGGUCGGCCGUGCUGUUUGUCCGCCACGGACCGUACGCGCCGGCCGUGCUGCGGUUCCACAUGUCGUUUCCCGACACCUACCCGGCCUCGCCGCCGCUGAUCCUCUUCUCGACCGACAUGUUCCACCCGCUGAUAUGCCCGCUGACGACGUACAUGUACACGACGGACGUGCAGGAGCACGGCGAGGCCGGCGCAGCGGACCGCGAGCGCCUGCCCCCCGGCGGCUUCAGCCUCCGCCACGGAUACCCGGCUUGGUUUGGGCAGAGGGCCGGGACGCCGGACGCCAGCACGGCGCGGCAGGGCGGCAGGGCAGCAGCAGCACCUGGCUCUGGCCCGCGAGCCCGCGGCGCCCAGGCGGGAAGCAGCGCGCCGCCGGACGAGUCGUCGUCGGACGACAGCAGCAGCAGCAGCAACACCCCGCGCGACUGGGGGGCCGGGAAGGCGAGCGCGUCCGUCGCCGGCAUCCUCGGGUACGUCCGAAGCGCGUUCGACACCGCCGAGGUGCUGGACGCGGUGCCCCUCGCGGCGGCCGGCAACCCUGGAGCGUGGCACGCGUGGCGGACGCACCGCCGCAGGGAGGCGGCCCGCGCCGACGCUGGCCACGCAAGCCCGGCUGCGGACAACGACGGCGGCGGCGAGCAGGCCCCUCCGCCGCCGCCGACGCCGCCGCCGCCUCCUGGCGCGGGCGCCCGAGAGCCCGGGGAGUGGAACUGGGAUGGCGUGUGGGAGGCCCGGGUCAAGAAGGGCGUGGCGGCGAGUCUCUCGGAAUCCGUCUUGUACAGCGGGUCGGGCGUAGCAGACGACAUGAUUCGGUUCCUGCCAAUGGCGCAGGCGGACGUGGAUUCGCUCAAGGAGACUAUUCGCGGCAUGCUGGGCGGCGCAGCCUGA